GAAAUAUGCUUUAACACAGAGCAUUAGGGUUUAUUGUUCUGACUAGUAACUAGGGUUUUACAAGCGGAGGGAUCGCCAUGGCACGGUCCACUAGAUCAUCCGCAAGUCGCCUACUCUACGCCUUCUCUUCAAUCCAGAAGACAUCACCUUUCCCCGCUUCUUCUCCCUCUGUAUGCAGGUCUCCAAUCACCGCACUUUUGUUCGGAAACUUCCAUUUCCGUGGAUACUCCGCCGGAGCCGCUGCCAGGUUAAAUGAGGAGAAAGAUGCAGUGUGGAAACAGUCAAUGGAUAAAGUUCGGAACAUUGGAAUAUCGGCUCAUAUUGACUCCGGUAAAACUACUCUCACUGAGAGGGUACUGUACUAUACGGGGAGAAUUCACGAGAUUCAUGAAGUUAGAGGAAAGGACGGUGUUGGAGCAAAGAUGGAUUCUAUGGAUUUAGAGAGAGAGAAAGGUAUUACUAUACAGUCUGCUGCUACCUACUGUACUUGGAAAGAUUACCAGAUAAACAUAAUAGAUACUCCAGGUCACGUUGACUUCACAAUUGAGGUGGAGAGGGCAUUGCGAGUUCUAGAUGGUGCCAUUCUUGUUUUUUGUAGUGUUGGUGGUGUGCAAAGUCAAUCUAUUACAGUUGAUAGACAAAUGAAAAGGUACGAGGUUCCAAGGCUUGCUUUCAUUAAUAAGCUUGAUCGAAUGGGAGCAGAUCCAUGGAAGGUUCUCAACCAGGCAAGGUCAAAGCUUCGUCAUAACAGUGCUGCCGUGCAAGUUCCAAUUGGCCUGGAAGAAGACUUCAAAGGUCUUAUUGACCUAGUGAAGUUAAAAACUUAUUAUUUCCAUGGUUCAAACGGUGAAAAAAUUGUCUGUGAAGAAGUACCUCCCAGUAUGGAGGCUAUAGUUGCAGAGAAGAGGCGUGAACUAAUUGAAGUUGUGUCGGAGGUUGAUGAUAAACUUGCCGAGCUGUUUCUGAAUGAUGAGCCUAUAUCAUCAGAUGAACUUGAGGAAGCAAUUCGCAGAGCCACAAUAGCACGGAAAUUUAUACCUGUGUUUAUGGGCAGUGCAUUCAAGAACAAGGGAGUCCAACCACUUCUUGAUGGCGUUCUAAGUUAUUUACCUUGCCCCACUGAAGUUAGUAAUUAUGCUCUUGACCAGACAAAGAAUGAAGAAAAGGUUACUGUAGCUGGAAACCCAAAUGGACCUCUUGUAGCAUUGGCUUUUAAACUGGAAGAAGGGAGAUUUGGUCAGCUGACCUACUUAAGGAUUUAUGAAGGUUCCUUUCGGAAGGGUGAUUUCAUCCUCAAUGUCAACACGGGGAAGAAGGUUAAGAUUCCCCGUGUAAUCAGAUUGCAUUCAAAUGAGAUGGAGGACAUUCAAGAAGCACAUGCAGGGCAAAUAGUUGCUGUAUUUGGCGUUGAAUGUGCUUCAGGUGAUACAUUUACUGAUGGUUCAGUUAAAUACACUAUGACUUCAAUGAAUGUCCCCGAGCCAGUGAUGUCCUUGGCUGUCUCACCAGUCUCCAAAGAUUCUGGAGGACAAUUCUCCAAAGCGUUAAAUCGCUUUCAGAGAGAAGAUCCCACUUUCCGUGUUGGAGUUGAUCCAGAGAGUAGUCAGACCAUUAUCUCUGGAAUGGGUGAGCUGCAUUUGGAAGUUUAUGUCGAACGAAUUCGACGGGAGUAUAAGGUUGAUGCAACUGUUGGGAAGCCUCGUGUUAACUUCAGAGAGACAGUUACUCAACGUGCUGAAUUUGACUAUUUACAUAAGAAACAAAGUGGUGGACAAGGUCAAUACGGAAAAGUUUGUGGGUAUAUUGAACCUCUUCCUGAAGGAUCCAAAACUAAGUUUGAAUUUGAAAACCAAAUUGUGGGACAAGCCAUACCUUCAAAUUUUAUUCCUGCAAUCGAGAAGGGAUUCAGAGAAGCUGCUAAUUCAGGUUCAUUAAUAGGACAUCCCGUUGAAAACAUCCGUGUUGUCUUAAAUGAUGGUGCAUCUCACACAGUGGAUUCUAGUGAACUUGCCUUCAAGUUAGCAUCAAUUUAUGCUUUUAGACAGUGUUAUACAGCUGCAAAACCUGUAAUAUUGGAGCCAAUCAUGCUCGUUGAGCUUAAAUUACCCACAGAAUUUCAGGGUACCGUAGCUGGUGAUUUAAACAAGAGAAAGGGUGUGAUUGUUGGGAACGAUCAAGAUGGAGAUGAUUCAGUAAUCACGGCUCAUGUACCGCUCAACAAUAUGUUUGGCUACUCAACAUCCCUUCGAUCAAUGACACAGGGCAAAGGGGAGUUCACAAUGGAAUACAAAGAGCAUUCUUCUGUUUCUAACGACGUGCAGACGCAACUAGUAAACAAUUACAAGGCCACCAAAUCAGCUGAAUAAAUGAAUGUGAUGUUUCCUUUCUUUAUCUUUAUCCUUAGACUGUUAUAAUAUUUAUUGAUAGCUUUAGUAUUAUAAUCAUGUCUUAUUGUUUGCUAAAUGCAAAUAAGGGAGAUUCACGAAUGAUGUGAAAUUUUUGAUAGAGAAUUGAAUGGGACUCUCAAACAUUAUUUGAAUAAAAGAUUGUAUGAUUCGGGGAAAAAUAGAAAGAAAGAAAAAAGGUAACUCAUGUUAUGUGAGUUCUUAUUUAUAUUGCAAUCUAAGAGAACAAAAGGACUUUUUUUUUUUAUUUGGGUGGUAUUGUAAAACAAAUUUGUUUUUGUUUUUUAAUAUUAUAGCUGAUAGCUUUAUA